AUGUCAUCGGAUAUUACAAAAAUAGCACUCAGAUAUAUUAAUCGUGCUAAUAGAAAAUUUCAACCAAGUUGGAAAAAUACUUAUCCAUGGCUUGAAUGUAAUACUCAAAACAAUAGAAUGUUUUGUGUUUUAUGUCAUGCUUCUAGUAAAAAAAAUGUUUUUGCUAUGAGUGAUUUUACAAACAUUAAACUUUAUGCUAUAAAAGAACACAUUAAAGCUAAAGAUCAUAUCGAUUCAUAUUGA